CCAAAGCUCCCCAGGUCACCAAGAUUUUAUUCGAACGAUUUUUUAUGUGAAAUAGUACUAAGCAAUGAAAAUCUCUUAUGUUUGAAAUCAGCAUCUGCUUCUCGCUUUUCUGAUUCGUUACAAAAUCAAGCAAAUUACAUAUCUCAGACCCUCCUGAAUUGCAUGAUGCCUUCAUUUCUGCAAUUGACAAGGGAGCAUAAAAACAAUGACAGACAUAAGCAUGCCAGCUUUCUCCAAUGGGGGACUCAUUUAACUGGGGGAGGAAUGACUCUGGCUCUAUCACACAUUGUGCUGCUACGUGAUCUUCUUCGACCUCAACUCAAAGAUACAUCUUCCUUUGCAAAUAUCCCCAGUCCUUCUACUCCCUGGCAAGUGGCACCUCCUAUGAACACAUUGGCAGGUGCCCUAUACAAGGUGUUUAGGGCAUCACCUGAUCAUGCAGCUAGAAACGAAAUGUGCCAAGCAUGUUUUGACUACAUGAGCCCUGAGCUCGGUUCGCCAUUUCUUUGCAGUGGCUAUCUAUGGUGGUGGCCACCUAAAGCUUCCCUUAAAUCUAGUCUGCACUAUGCUUUCCCGCUUAUGUGGGUUGGGCCGUCGUGGCUGUCCCGUUACCAAGCUUCUCACAAAUUGAAAACCACGGGCAGUACUUUGGACUUUAGCCCAUUUAUUAGCAAUUUAAUAAUCAGAUCUUUUUGAAGCA